GCCGAGGGAUGCUGGAGCCUCUCAAGGGAGCGGCGGGGAUGCUAGAGUCUGUCGUGCGGAGGCCCCGACGCGGGCACGGCUGCUGGGUCUCCGGCGGGCUCUACCUGCUCUUCUCCGAGGGGCUGGGCCGCCAGGCCUCAGACAAGCCGCCUUCUGAAUCUCUGAGAAGAGCCAUGGAUUACUGCAGAAAAUAUGCAGCUGUCAUUCUGGCCGUAUUGUCUCUGUUUCUGCAGAUUCUCCAUUCCUUUCCUGAUGGAGAGUUUAUGAUGCAGGGUUGUCCUGAAUGCAAGCUAAAGGAAAACAAAUACUUCUCCAAGCCAGACGCUCCAAUCUAUCAGUGCAUGGGCUGCUGCUUCUCCAGGGCAUACCCCACUCCAGCGAGGUCUAAGAAGACAAUGUUGGUCCCCAAGAACAUCACCUCGGAAGCCACAUGCUGUGUGGCCAAAGCGUUUACCAAGGCCACAGUGAUGGGAAACGUCAGAGUGGAGAACCACACGGACUGCCACUGCAGUACUUGUUAUUAUCACAAAUCUUAGAGGGUUUGCAAUGGGCCGUGUUGGUGAUGGCUGAUUUGCCCAAAAGGAAAGCUAAUUUGUCCAGUGUCUACGGCUUUGUGAGAUAAAACCCUCCUUUUCCUUGCCAUACCGCUUUUAACCUGCUUUGAGAAUGUACUGCAGCUUCAUUGCUUUUCUCCUUACCCUACAAUAUAAUCAGCAGCCUCGAUCUUUUCAUUUGGAAUGAAAUAUGGCAUUUAGCAUGACCAUAAAAAGCUGGUUCCACUGGAAAUAAAGUCUUUUAAAUCAUCA